UAUCAGUUUCUUGUCGGUAACCUAGCAUAACGUAUUUUACUCCAUCGCUUGUAACGCUCUGUAUCACACGUCAUUACGAUCGUGACGUUGACGUAUUGACAUAUAUUAUUGCACUAUCUAUGCUCCGGUAUUUUCUAUACAACUGUUAAAUAACAAAUAUUAUAUUAAAUAAGCUUUAGACGAAUUUUUUAAGCAAAUUAUACGAACAUCUUGUCUAUUUGAGGUUAUAUUUAUAACUAUUUCAACUUAGCAUCAUUCAUGAUAAUUUGCUCACAUGAAUAACGUACUCUUUUGAAAUAGUUGUUAUUAUUGCUUAACUGGACGAAGAAAGUUGAAAGUUUCCUAAAGAGGUGCUCUGUGAAAUCAUAAUUUUCUCCCGUAUCUGUUCAUUUACUAAACUAUCACCAUUACUAACAAAAUGCGACGUUCCCAUUCAGGAGGUUACAGCUACGAGCCGUUACCAAGUACAUCUGCUCAUAAUGCUGUGGAAGACGAGAAUGAAAGGAUGACAGAAGAAUUAAAGGAUAAAAUUCAUGCUUUAAAAUCAUUAUCUAUUGAUAUUGGCACUGAAGUAAAAUAUCAAGACAAAAUGUUACGAUCCAUGGAUGACGAUUUUGAUAGGACAAGUGGUUCCUUAUCUGGUUCUGUGACCCGUGUUUUGCGUCUAGCAAAGGCUGGUCAUAAUUAUUAUAUCUUAUAUCUGUUCCUCUUUUCUGUAGCAGUAUUUUUUGUAUUGUGGCUAGUUUUAAAGUUUAAAUGAUUGUAUAUAAGAUUUAUAGCUAAGGUAAAAUGUAUAUAAAAUGUAAUUAGGAUAACAAGUAUAGACAUUUUAUAUAAGUCAUUUAACCAGGCUUGAAUCUUACAUUAUUUGAUUUAUCCAAAAUUGUGGAAGAUUCUACUUUUAUUUUAUGGAGUAACGUACAUUAUUAUAUUGUAUUAUUAUAAAAAAACUUAUUAGAUAAAUAGAGAGAGAUGACAGUCUUUAAAGGAAAAAAAUAAAUA